CACAGAAGACUGAGGAACAAUCAGCAGCAUCUGUCAGUGUUUCCUGUAUGGAUGAAGAAUGAAAAUCACUUCAUUUGGAUGACUGAUGAUGACGGCAGUUACGGAGGUACUCCUGGAAACACUGGAUGAUCUGGGAGAUGAGGAAUUUAAGAUCUUUAAGUGGUUCCUGCAGCAAGCUGAAAUCCUCGAAGACUUCCCAGCCAUUCGAAAGAGUCGUCUGGAAAAGGCUGACAGACUGGACACACUGGACCUGAUUUUGCAGACCUACAGGGAACAGUCCGUGGAGGUGAUCAAGAAAGUGUUGAAGAAGAUCAACAGGAAUGAUCUGGUGCAGAGUUUGCCCAGCAUCAGCUCAGAGGCUACAUAUUUGCUGGAGCUACAACCUGACCCGCCAGAACUCAUUGCAUCAUACCACUGCAUGCUCCAAUCACACCUCCAGAACAGGUUUAUGUGUGCACAAGAAGGGUGGACAGAAAGGGUGGAUAAAAAACACCUGGAUGACGUCUACAUACCACUCUACGUCACAUAUGGGAGUGUUGUAAACAUCACCAGGCAGCAUGAGGUCAGCUACAUUGAGAUGGCAUUAAGAGAACCAGAGGUAACAGAGAAACCAGUCCAACCCAACGAUAUCUUCAAACACCCUUCUGGAAAAAACACACCAGUAAGAACAGUCCUGACCAGUGGGAUUGCAGGAAUCGGCAAAACAUUCCUUGUACACAAGUUCAUCCUGGACUGGGCUGAAGGAAGAGCCAAUCAACAUGUGCAUCUCACAUUCCCCCUGACCUUCCGACAGCUGAAUUUACUGAAGGGGAGAAGGUUUCGUUUUGCAGAGCUCAUUCACAAAUGUAUCAGGGAAACGAGAGACAUCAAGGAGGAGGAUCUUAAUUACAUUUUCAAAGAACUACAGGCUUCAGGAAACACCAACUAUGAUAAAAGUAAAUUCAAACUACUGUUUGUACUCGAUGGGCUGGACGAAAGCCGCCUUCAGCUCAACUUUACCAGUAACCAAACUCCCAUUACUGAUGUGACACAGUCAAUUAGAGUAGAAGUCCUGUUGACGAACCUCAUCAAGGGGGAACUGCUUCCCUCUGCUCGCCUUUGGGUAACCACUCGACCAGCAGCAGCAAAUCAGAUCCCUCUUGAAUGUGUUGACAUCAUGACCGAGGUCAGAGGGUUCACUGACCUUCAGAAAGAGGAGUACUUCAGGAGGAGAUUCAGAGACGAGCAGAUGGUCGACAGAAUCAUCUCCCACACCAAGACCUCACAAAGCCUCCACAUCAUGUGCCACAUCCCGGUCUUCUGCUGGAUCACUGCUACAGUUCUUGAGGAUGUUUUGAAAACCAGUGAGAGAGGAGAGCUACCCAAAACUCUGACUGAAUUGUACACUGAAUUCUUGGCGUUUCAGAUCAGACAGACAAAAGAGAAGUAUGGCAAAGAGAAGAGCAUCCGGUACAUUCAGUCACUUGCAAAACUGGCAUUUCACCAGCUGGAAAAGGGGAACUUGAUCUUCUAUGAAAAAGAUCUCAAAGAAUGUGGUAUUGAUUUAAACGAAGCCUCAGUGUGCUCAGGAGUGUUCACACAGAUCUUUAAAAAGGAGCACAGGUGGAAGAAGGUCAAGGAUGAGGAUAGGAUGUUCAGCUUUGUCCAUCUGAGCAUUCAGGAGUUUUUGGCUGCUGUUUAUGUGGUGCAGUCACUUGUUAACAGAAACAAAAAUGUGAUGGAGCAACAACAACACAAAUUUCAAAGUGUGCAGAUGCUUUUCAGCAAACCAUCAGUAGCAGAGAUCCACAGAACUGCUAUUGACAAAGCCCUACAGAGUCCAGAUGGACACCUGGAUUUGUUCCUCCGCUUCCUUCUGGGCCUCUCCCUGGAGACCAACCAGAAAACCCUACAGGGCCUACUGAAACAGACAAUAAGUACUACAGAGGCCAAUCAGGAAACAGUGCAGUAUAUCAAGGAAAAGAUCCAUGAGAAUCCCUCUCCAGAUAGAUGCAUCAACCUCUUUCACUGUCUGAAUGAGCUGAAUGAUCAUUCUCUUGUGGAGGAGAUCCAGCAGUACCUGAGUUCAGAAAGUCUCUCCACAGACAAAAUGUCUCCUGCUCAGUGGUCGGCUCUGGCCUUCAUCUUACUGUCAUCAGAAAAGAACCUGGGUGUGUUUGACAUGAGGAAGUACGCUGCUUCAGAGGAGGGUCUCCUGAGGCUACUGCCAGUGGUCAAGGCCUCUACUGUAUUCUUCUUGAGUGGCUGUAACCUGUCAGAGAGAAGCUGUGAAACUCUGGCCUCAGUUCUCAGACUGCAGUCCUCCAGCCUGAGAGAACUGGACCUGAGUAACAACAACCUGCAGGAUUCAGGAGUUAAGCUGCUCCGUCCUGGACUUGAGAGUCCACAUUGUAAACUGGAAUCUCUCAGGUUAUCAGGCUGCCUGGUCGCAGAGGAAGGCUGUGCUUCUCUGGCCUCAGCUCUAAGCUCCAACCCCUCCCACCUGAGAGAACUCGAUCUGAGCUACAAUCAUCCAGGAGACUCUGGGGUGAUGAUGCUCUCUGCAGGACUGGAGGAUCCACAGUGGAGACUGGACACUCUCUGUGUGGACCAUGCUGGAAUGCGCUGGUUGAAAUCUGGACUGAGGAAGUAUGCUUGUGAACUCACCCUGGACUCAAACACAGCACACAGAUAUCUCUCUCUGUUUGAAGACAAGGCAACAGUGACUCUGGUGAGAGACGAGCAGUCUUACUCUCAUCACCCAGAGAGAUUCCUCCACUGGAAGCAAGUGCUGUGUACAGAUGGUCUGACUGGCCGCUGCUACUGGGAGGUGGAGAGGAAGGGGUGGGUGUCUGUGGGACUGACUUACAGGGGAAUCAGAAGGAGAGAGGAAACUGCCGACUGCUGCCUCGGGCUCAAUGACCGGUCUUGGAGUUUGUGCUGCUCUCGUGACCGUUACUUUGCCUUUCAUAACGAUAGGCGAAUAACAGUCACAAACACUCCCGUCGUACGUGUUCCCGAAAGACUGGCGGUGUAUCUGGACUGGCCUGCUGGCAUCUUGUCCUUCUACAGGGUCUCCUCUGACACACUGAUGCACCUCCACACCUUUCAAUCCACAUUCACCGAACCCCUCUAUCCUGCAUUUGGGUUUGAGUAUCUGAAUAGGUUGGACUCCUCUGUGUCUCUGUGUCAGACAGAAUAAGGAGAGUCGUCUGCAUAGACUCACACUUCUGCUAAAACAAGACAGUACAAAAUCACACACCUAAGAAAUGUGCAUCUUGAGUUUUUGAUAUUACCCCUUGGAUUAUGCUGUAAUGGAACAAUCAGUGUCAAUUGAGACAUAUGCAAGACCAUUUUUUGUCUUCUCUAGGGCUGUUUUCACUGCAGGAACUUCGGGGUAAUUUUACAGGGCCAUGUUCCUUGGCGCAUGUCUGCAUAGCAGGAAGGUUACAGUCAAAACUGUUGCACAA